AUGAAGAACCAAACAACUAUCAAUGAGUUCGUUCUUCUGGGAUUUUCUUACGGGCUGCAGGGGCAGACUGUACUUUUCCUGGUCUUUCUAGUCACCUACAUGGUGACAAUCACUGAAAAUACAAUCAUCAUCUUUGUGGUGAAUAGGAACCACUGCUUGCAUAAGCCAAUGUAUUAUUUCCUGGGGAACUUGUCCUUCCUGGAGAUGUGGUACAUCUCUGUAACACUGCCCAGGUUUUUGUUUGGAUUCUGGUCGCAGACAAAGAGCAUCUCCUUCUCCAGCUGCAUGACCCAGCUGUACUUCUUCAUUUCCCUCAUGUGCACCGAAUGUGUCCUUUUGGCUGUGAUGGCCUAUGACCGCUUUUUGGCUGUCUGUCAUCCUCUGCGCUACCCGGCCAUCAUGACCCACAAGCUGUGCUGUCAGCUGUCCAUUCUCUCAUGGACAGGAGGCUUCUCUAUUUCCUUGGUCAAGGUGUCUUUCAUUUCACGCCUCACGUUCUGUGGUCCACAAGUCAUAAACCACUUCUUUUGUGACAUAUCUCCAGUCCUGAACCUAUCUUGCACUGACAUAUCCCUUGCAGAAACAGUGGACUUUGCACUGGCCCUUCCACUCUCUUCAUGUAUGCCAGGCCCAGGAAGAUCCAUCCUUUCAACCUCAACAAAAUAG